AUGGUGAUGCGGCUCUGCUUCGCGUCUGGCGAACGUAGAACCGGGAGGGCGCACAAAGAGAGAGUGGUAUAUAAGAUCAACAGUGGGUCCUCCUCCACGGGAAAGGCAAAAAAGUGAGCCACACACUUUCUGCAGCCGGAGAAGAUUACUAAGGUUUUCAAGUCACGGCUGGUAUGGACCUCACUGCUGGGAGUCACUCAUCCUCAACAGCAAACUACAGAAGACGGUGGCAAUUAACUUUAAGCAAGCCCCUCCUUAACGGUUCUUUUGAGUCAGCACACACAAAAACGGAAAAAGAGUUACCAGACAUCAACUAAUCUCAUUUCAGAAAUCCAAAACUUUUUUAAGAAUGGAAAGCGGUAAGGACAUCUCAACUGACAAACCUACAGUUGUCAUCGAUGUAAAUCCACAGGUGAUACAAGACACUGUUAUUUUUGUUGAUGGUCAUGAGGCCGGAGGAAAAAAUCACAAUACAGCUCUUAAAGGAUUUUUCAAAGUACAACCAAAGGCACUAGGGACUGUCCAGAUAAUGAAUGGAGGGAUGGUCUUCGUACUUGGUGUUAUACUUACCUCCAGUGUCUACAAUUAUUCUGCAAUUCUUGACUAUAGCGGCAUAAACUACUGGGGGUCCCUUAUUUACAUGAGUGCUGGCUCUUUGUCUGUCGCUGCGCAGAAUAAACAUCAUCCAUGUGUGGUUAAAGCAUCUCUUGGAAUAAAUGUGUUCAGUGCCAUAACUGCAGGGAUAGCCAUUCAUCUGAUGGGCAUACAAUUAGCAUUAAUAUCAAUGGAUCAUCCAAGUUUAUAUGUUGAGUAUUUUACAAUGAGGAUCAUUGGAAUAUUGCUGGUGUUCACCAUUCCUCAGUUCAUCAUCUCCAUCUAUAUCUCAGCAUUUGCCUGCAAAGCCGCCUGCAACAAAAACUCCACAGUGGUCAAUGUGCACUAAACUGGGAAAACGAUUGAGUGGUGAUGAUGCUAUUAUUGCUAUUAUGAGCUUGGCAAUCAGUUUUAUCACAAAAAUCUAAAGUUAUUUAUAUGAAUAUUUUUAGAGGAUGAUGCAGCUCCACUGAACAAGCAGAAUGAUAAAACUAGCAGAAUGUAAAGGAAAUGACCUGAAUGGUUAAUGGUAAACUGCUUUUAACCUUAGUGCACCUCAUACUGUAUGAAAUAGCUGAACUACUGUAUAAGUAAAUCACAGCAUGCUUUAUUGUUUCUCUUUAUAAUCUAUCAAAGA